AUGCACUGGGCUUCUGUUCUGAUUAUAGUGGGCCUCUGCCGAGUGUCCUUGAGCCAGUACGAUGAUCAGUAUGAGGACAUGGCCUGGCUACAGCACUAUUUACGCAGCCAAUCCUCUUCUUACAACUAUUCUCCAUAUUACGAAGAUGAGGUUCCCCCAUAUUCUUCUUACUCUUAUGUGCCAGCUGGGUCCUCUGUUGGGGAGCCUGUCCCUGAACCACCUGUUUCCAGGGAAUGCCCCCAAGAAUGCGAAUGCCCACCCAACUUCUCUUCUGCUAUGUAUUGUGACUCUCGCAACCUCAGGUAUCUUCCUUUUGUGCCUUCCCGGAUGAAAUACGCCUACUUCCAGAACAACCAAAUUGGGGCUAUCCAAGAGGAGCCUUUGACAAUGCUACCAACCUAG